GAACCAUCGCAAGCGCACUCUUAUUCCCUUCCCUCGCUCCUUCCCUUUCCCCCCGCGCACUACCACCACAUCGUUCGGUCCAAACCCAGCAACGUUUCGACAUGCUGCGGAGAAGAGCGGCCGCCGUGUUGCUCCCUGUCCUCCUUUUCGUGGCCGCCGUGGCGGCGGAUGAGGAAGCGUUGCCGGUAGAGCCCAUGGAGCUGUACUUCACGCCAGCGGAGCUCGCGCGCAUUGCGGGGUACGGCGAGGAGCCGGUGUCGUCGGUAUCCGUGUCCGGGCAGGUCGCCUGCGAGCUCUGCCUCCGGCCCGGCUCCGACCUCCUCACCUUCGAGCUGCCAGGUGCUAAGGUUGCAGUAAUCUGCGAAACUGAAGGUCGCAACCAGGUGGCGAACUCCGCAUUUGCAACAACUGACGAGUUUGGCAACUUCACAAUAGAUCUCCCUUCCCAGCUCCACGCCACACCAAACCUGGAGACGGCCUGCGUUGUCAAGGUGCUUCAGAUCCCUAUAGAUUCCUUGUGCCGCCUUCGCCACCGCCUUGGAUCCACCUAUGGCCUCAAGCUAUCCUCGGGGGAGGACGGCGUCCGCGCCUACACCACUGGGGUGAUACGGUUGCAGGACAGCAAUACAUCACAUUGGGGUGAUACGGCUGCAGGACAGCAAUACACCAUCACGUAAGUGUGUGAAUGUAGAGAACAGAACUAAUAGGAGGUAAACAUGAAAAUUAAAGUGAUAGGAGACGAACAAUUGUAUGUCAAACGAUGAGUUCACGUUUGUUUAACUUUUGAAAAAAAGUAAAGAGUAAGAGAUGAGAUGAGAUAUUAACUGGGCCUCUGGUAUAGCAGGAAUCAAGCAUGCAAAUAAAUGCAUAUUUAUAUCUGUAUA